AUGAGACCAUUAACGGAAGAAGAAACAAAAAUAUUGUUUGAGAAGCUGAGCAAUUAUUUGGGGAACAACUUGUUGUCAUUGUUAGAAAGAGAAGAUGAGAAUUAUGUUUUUAGGUUACAUAAAGGUAAUGUAUUUUAUAUGAGCGAAACAUUGGCAAAGGCAGCAAGUCUAGUUCCAAAGAAAAGCUUGUUAAGUAUGGGAACAUGUUUGGGAAAAUUCUCUAAAAGUAAUAAGUUUAGACUAGGAAUAACUUCACUACAGUAUAUUGCUAGACUAACUCCAAAUAAAGUUUGGGUUAAACCAGGAGGUGAACAGAGCUAUAUUUAUGGGAAUCACGUAAUAAAAAGACAUAUCAGUAGAAUGACUGAUGGUUUAAACAAUAAUGUUGGAGUUGUGGUAUAUUCAAUGGAUGAGCUACCAUUAGGAUUUGGUGUUUUGGCUAAAAGUUCUGCUGAUAUGAAAAAUGCUGAUCCUGAAACUAUUGCAGUUUAUCACCAAACUGAUGUAGGAGAGUACUUAAGAGAAGAAGCUGAUUUACUGUAG